AUGGUGAACCUGAGGAAAGCAGUACACUCAUUCCUUGUGCACUUAAUUGGCCUAUUGGUUUGGCAAUGUGAUAUUUCUGUGAGCCCAGUUGCAGCCAUAGUAACUGACAUUUUCAAUACCUCCGAUGGUGGACGCUUCAAAUUCCCAGAUGGGGUACAAAACUGGCCAGCACUUCCAAUCGUCCUAAUAGUAAUCCUGACAAUAGGUGGCAACAUUCUCGUUAUCUUGGCAGUAAGCUUGGAAAAGAAACUGCACAAUGCCACCAAUUACUUCUUAAUGUCCCUAGCCAUCGCAGAUAUGCUAGUGGGACUACUUGUCAUGCCACUGUCUCUGCUCACAAUCCUUUAUGAUUAUGUCUGGCCACUACCUAGGUAUUUGUGCCCCAUCUGGAUUUCUUUAGAUGUUUUAUUUUCUACAGCGUCCAUCAUGCACCUCUGCGCUAUCUCGCUGGAUCGGUAUGCAGCAAUACGUAAUCCUGUUGAGCAUAGCCGUUUCAAUUUGCGGACUAAGGCCAUCAUGAAGAUUGCUAUUGUUUGGGCAAUUCCUAUAGGUGUAUCAGUUCCUAUACCAGUGAUUGGACUGAGAGAUGAAGACAAAGUGUUCGUCCACAACACCACCUGUGUGCUGAAUGACCCAAAUUUUGUUCUUAUUGGGUCUUUCAUAGCUUUCUGCAUACCGCUGACGAUCAUGGUGAUUACCUACUGCAUGACGAUUUACGUUCUUCACAGACAAGCUCUAAUGCUACUCCGUGGCCACACGGAGGAACUGCCAGGAAUAAGCCUGGAUUUCCUGAAGUGCUGCAAGAUGAAUAUUAUUGAUGAAGAUAACGCUGCAAACCCUAACCAAGAUUUGAAAGUGCGUCAAAGAAAGAAGAAAGAAAAACGUCCUAAGGGGACUAUGCAAGCUAUCAACAAUGAACGGAAAGCGUCUAAAGUCCUUGGCAUUGUUUUCUUUGUGUUUCUGAUCAUGUGGUGUCCUUUUUUUAUUACUAAUAUUCUGUCAGUCCUUUGUGAGAAGGACUGUAAUCAAGAGCUCAUGGAAAAGCUUCUGAAUGUGUUUGUUUGGAUUGGCUAUAUUUGUUCAGGAAUUAAUCCUCUGGUGUACACCCUGUUCAACAAAGUUUACCAAAGGGCUUUCGCCAACUAUCUGCACUGCAAUUAUAAGGCGGAAAAAAAGCCUCCUCUCAGGCAAAUCCCGAGAGUCUCCGCCACUGCUUUGUCUGGGAGAGAGCUCAAUGUUAAUAUUUACCGGCAUACCAAUGAACCAGUGGUAAAGAAAGCUAAUGGCAAUGAGCCAGGGGUAGAGAUUCAAGUUGAGAAUUUGGAGCUACCAGUUAAUUUCUCCAAUGUGGUUAGUGAAAGGAUUAGUAGUGUGUAA